CCGAGGCCGGGCGGCGGCAGCGGCGGCGGCGGGAGGUGCUGAAGAUGGCAGGUAGCUCGGCUCCUUGGAUCGGCAGUGCUUACCUCUUCCUCCAGUCAACGUGCAAGACUAUCAUUCUGCCAAAUCUCUAUGAAAGCGCCCAGAAGAAGCCCUGCGUGUUCAAGGCACUGAAGCUGGCAUUAGCAGACUCCACCGGCAGCGUGAAUGGUGUGGACAUGCUCAAAGUGCACUGCAGCCACCCACACCUGAUAGUCCAGCUCAAAUUCUGCAAGCAGGAGAACUGCCGCCGCUUCCUGCAGAGUUACCGGGAAGGAUUGCUCCAGAAGUCCCUCCAGAACCACCUCCAGCUCUCCUUGGCCAUGACCACGGUGCCUCUAGAAAUGGAGCUGAAGGCUGGCAAUGAGCACCUGGACAACAUGCUGAAGGAUGAGGAUCGCUGCCUGGAGUGCAUAUACAGAGAAAAGCCUGACCGCCUGCGGGACGAGGAGAUCACAGAGCUGGAGGAACGGCUCAAGAGCCUGAUUCUUCACCAGAACAUCAACAACAACAUGCCUUCCAAGGACUGCAUGUCACUGAACUCCCCUUCUCUACCUUCUCAAGGCAGCUCCCUUUCCCCACAAGUCACAUUUCUUUUUCAGGGACAGCAGUUUGACAAUAGAACGCUCACACCAGAUGACCACCAGAAAUUUGCCAAGCUUGUGUCCAAGAAGUGGAAGCAAGUGGGUCGCUCCUUGCAGAAGAACUGCCGGGCCCUGCGAGAUCCUGUCAUUGAUAACCUGGCUCACGAAUACGACAGAGACGGACUUUAUGAACAAGCCUAUCAGAUGCUUCUUCGAUUUAUCCAGUCGGAGGGGAAGAAGGCAACGAUAGCACGACUGAUUGCAGCCCUGGAAGAAAAUGGUCUCACCAGCUUGUCUGAGGAGCUCUUGGGCCUCCAUUCUAAUGAGGAUGACUCCUAGAGCCCAAAGGGUGGUGGCAUUGCUGAGGGCUUUCUUGCUUUAAUUAGUGUAUGAGACUGCUGCCAGCGUCUGGGAAUGUAAUGCCUUGAAAAUCACUGCAGGUUUAUGUGCUGAAGGGAGUGCCCUGGGCAGUUUCUGUGCUCCCAGAAGCCAACAUGGGGCUCUGAUGUUCCUUAUUUCUUUCUGUUUCCAGAAGUCGAUGUUACUUUCCUGUGAACCACUAAGACAGCCUGACUUCCUUCAGGACUGAAAUGUCACAGAGAAGCAGCCAGGCAAGUUAACGAGCCCUGGGGAAGGUGGGAAGAGGUGAAAAGCAAGGAAGGCAUCUCAGAGAAUUCCCCUGGGAAGCAAAGCCAGUGUUUCUCAGAUGUGGCCCAGGGGCCAUCACCUGGAGAACUGCAAUAUAUUGUCUCAUAUUGACAUGUAUGCCUUCAGGCUUGAAACUAUGUAAAGACAAAGGAAAAGUCAAGUUUAUAAUGUUUUCUUUGUUCUUCAAAUGAGGACCAUCUGCAGCAAGUACACCUGUCCUGCUCUACCCCGGUGUAGUUCCUUCCCACAUCUUACCACGUGCCACUGCCUUUACCAAAGGCAGUCAUCAUCUUCCACAGGGCACAAGAUUGCUGCUGUAGAAGACUUCAGGCACUGAACAAACAGUGUGGAUAAGCACAAAUUCAGAGCUCUUUCAGGACUAUGGUGUACAAUAAUGUAUUGACUGCCUCACGUCUAGCACUUCUCCCAGCCUGGAGGAGUUUGUGAAAGGAAAAACACAGUGCUGCAAGAAUAAUAUACAGCCUUAGAGUCAGCAAAUUGCCCACAGGUCACUGAUUGAACCUGCUGCUGUAUGGUGCAUUGCAGCAUCAAAUACCAUCCAGACCCCGCCGAGCAAGCCUCUCCAACCAGCUGGCUGCCAGUGCCUUCGCUCAACCUGUCCUUGGCCUGCUGAGUUCACCAGGGAUGUGUCAGGAUCUGCACAGAGCCUUUCCAAUGACAGCAGUGUUGUUGCUGUGUGACACUUGGGCAUCAGAUCCCAUGCCGGGACCUACCUGCCUUGCUUUUGAGGGCAAAAUAUUGCUUACAAGAGAAAGUACCUAAAACUCAGGGCUGAUUCCUGCUUUCAGUUCCAGUGGGACAGGCCUGCUGUCUCUUGGUGUGUUGAUGCAGACUGCGACAGAGCAGAGCUUAUACCUUUACCUAUACCAAAGCACAGAGCAACAAGUUUGUAGCACAACACAGGUCCCAUGAAGCACAACAACCAGUUUUGACAUAUUCCUUAUUUUUUACUGAUACUUUUUUACUUAGGUGUUAAUUCUCUUCCUCUUUGACCUUCCCAUCCAUGGGCAGGAGCAGCUGGUGGUCUUGGAAGUUAAGUCAGACAUAGAAGAAUGUUUUCUGUGUCCUGUCCUCUCCCUUCCAGCAGUACCAGCGCUCUCCCCAAAAGAAAAUGAGUAUCUCUGCCACGUUUCCUUUUGGGACCAGCACAGUGAUUCUGGUCUUCGUUAGUUUGGGCUGCAGUGGGACUGUACUUGGGAGCAUUUAGCUUUCCCUGGCUGGGGAACUCUGGCAGCAACCCACCUGGCCAAUGGUUCUAAAAAAAAAAUCAGAAACUUGAAAGUUGCUGUAAGAGCAACAGUGUUUGCUCUUUAUUUUGCAGCAAAUGGCUUUUCAGAAAACACGACCUAUGCAUGUUGUGCUGCCUCA